ACAACAUUGGAACAUGCCAAACCUGAAGAAACCAGCUGGGAUGAAGAUUUUGCAGAUGUUUAUCAUGAUCUGAUACAUUCUCCUGCUUCUGAAAUGCUGUUAAACCUGGAGCACAAUUAUUUUGUUAGCAUCUCGGAAUUAAUAAGUGAAAGAGAUGUGGAAUUGAAAAAACUACGGGAAAGACAAGGAGCUGAAAUGGAUAAGGUGAUGCAGGAGCUGGGGAAAUCACUCACUGACCAAGAUGUGAAUUCGUUAGCAGCUCAGCAUUUUGAAUCUCAGCAGGAUUUGGAAAACAAAUGGACCAAUGAAUUAAAACAGACUACUGCUAUUCAGAAGCAGGAAUACCAGGAAUGGGUGAUAAAGCUUCAUCAGGACCUAAAGAAUCCCAACAACAGCUCAAUUAGUGAUGAAAUUAAGGUUCAGCCCAGCCAACUGAGAGAAUCUGUGGAAGGAAAUGGAAGAAUUUAUGAAGAGCAAAGGCUGUUAGAAGAAAGCUUUACUAUUCACUUAGGAGCUCAGUUGAAGACCAUGCACAACCUGAGGUUACUGAGAGCUGAUAUGUUGGAUUUCUGCAAGCACAAGCGCAACCAGCGAAGUGGAGUAAAGCUCCACAGGCUUCAGACUGCAAUGUCUCUCUAUUCAACAUCUCUCUGUGGGCUGGUGUUACUGGUAGAUAACCGCAUCAGUUCAUACAGUGGGAUCAAAAGAGAUUUUGCAACUGUUUGCCAAGAAUGCACAGAUUUCCACUUUCCUGGAAUCCAAGAACAGCUUGAGAUUGUCCAGAAGGUUGUACUUAAGGCCAGAGCACAGCGUAGCAGUAAGUCAAAGAGACACCAUGAAAACAAAACUAGUGGAAAUGAAGAUAAAUUAAAGAAUACUGAACGAAAUCAGUCAAAUAUUUUGCCAGGAGAAUUCUACAUCACACGCCACUCAAACCUCUCUGAAAUCCAUGUUGCCUUUCACCUCUGCGUGGAUGACAACGUGAGGUCUGUUAAUGUCACUGCUCGGGAUCCUGCGAUCAUGGGCCUCAGAAACAUCCUCAAGGUUUGCUGCACACAUGACAUCACCACCAUUAGCAUUCCUCUCCUCCUGGUGCAUGAAAUGUCAGAGGAAAUGACUAUCCCAUGGUGCUUGAAGAGGGCAGAGCUCGUGUUCAAGUGCGUCAAAGGUUUCAUGAUGGAAAUGGCCUCAUGGGAUGGAGGAAUUUCUCGGACUGUACAGUUCCUGGUGCCACAGACCAUUUCUGAGGAGAUGUUUUACCAGCUGAGUAACAUGUUGCCACAGAUCUUCAGAGUAUCCUCUACAUUGACUCUGACCUCUAAGCACUGACUCUAAGGGAGCAGUAAGCUGUAUUCUGUUGACAGAGGAUGAGAUUGAAGGGAUUCCAGACUAGCAUGUCUCUUUCCUGAGGGAUGAUGACCCUGAGGUGUUAUUUGUUGCAGUUUCAAGAAUCAUGUUGUCAUAAUAAAAGAUAAAUGCUGUCUGUA